GGUUUUGUGGUUUGGUCUUGCAAGUGAGGCCUUCAGGGCGAAGCAAGCUAUUCUGUCGUCUGCGACAGGAGAACGUCUCGUCAAUAAAUGUUUUGUGCCUAGUUAAGUGAUUGUUUAUACGUAACUCUUCACGGAUAACCCUUAUUAUCGGCUAAAAUGCCUUCAGGACUAGGUGGCUCGUAUAGGUCGUUAGCCGACGACGUAUACAAGAGCACAACAGUUGCAGAGAACAAGUUUAAUAUGAUAGAGAGUGUGAAGAAAGCUUUUAGCUUCGUGGCACCAAGCAACGGACGCUCUGACCCUCUGAUUGUGCGAGAUGAUGGCCGCCCUGAACCCACCAUAAUGCCUGCAAGGGACAACAGAAAAAUGCCUACCGCAGGUACCCCCGAAGAAACUGCUCUGCUGGGCAAGAUGCCGUCAGACUCCAUGGACGACAUCGAGCUCAAGAAGAUCGACCUGCAGUUCCCCGCCGUGCGCUCCAUGUCGAGGGACGACUCCGCUGUGUCGGAGGAGCGCGUGGAGACGGCCCGGGGCUCCGUGCUGGUGGCCGUGCAGGGUGACCGGGCCAAGCCCGCCAUCCUCACGUACCACGACCUCGGCCUCAACUACAUCUCCAGCUUCCAGGCCUUCUUCAACUACAUCGACAUGCGCGCGCUGCUGGACAACUUCUGCGUGUACCACGUGAACGCCCCUGGUCAGGAGGAGGGCGCUGUGCCGCUCCCCGACGAUUUUGAAUACCCCACCAUGGACGAGCUGUCUGAGCAACUGAUGUUUGUACUGAGUCACUUCGGCCUUCGGCACGUCAUCGGGCUUGGGGUUGGGGCUGGUGGCAACAUCUUGGCUCGCUUUGCCUUGGCCAAUCCAGAAAAGGUCGAGGCGUUGUGCCUUAUCAAUGUAGUCUCCACACAAGCUGGAUGGAUUGAAUGGGGCUACCAAAAAAUGAAUGCCAGGUAUCUUCGCUCUAAAGGGAUGACUCAAGGUGUUUUGGAUUACCUUAUGUGGCACCACUUUGGAAGGGGAACAGAAGAAAGGAAUCAUGACCUGGUUCAAGUAUACCGCAACUACUUUGAAAGACAAGUUAACCCUUCUAAUUUGGCAUUGUUUAUUGAUUCUUAUGUGAGACGUACUGACCUUAAACUGACUCGCGAACUGGAGCCCAACCGUCGCAAAGAGAGUGCAACCCUUCAAAUGCCUGUGAUGAACAUUACUGGCUCUCUGAGCCCCCACGUAGAUGAUACAGUCACUUUAAAUGGAAGACUCGAUCCUACCAACUCAUCUUGGAUGAAGAUUUCUGACUGUGGAAUGGUUCUUGAAGAGCAGCCUGGGAAAGUUGCAGAGGCAUUCCGGCUCUUCCUCCAGGGUCAGGGUUACGCUGUGAAACUGUCCCGCAAGCUUUCAUCCUCUUUGUCAGCUGAAGGUAUGAUCAAGGUUCCCACUGCUCGCCUAUUCGACUUCACCCGUUCUGCCUCAUUGGAUGACUCAGAUUUGCUCUCUCAUGCUCAUUGGUCCAAUGCAUCCAUUCAUAUCACAGAAAACCCAAUAUCGGAGGCAGUUGCUUGUUAAGAGGUUUGUGCUUUUGUGCAGAAAGAUUAUUAGCACCACAGUUACCCACUUCUGAAAUCAUUAAAUUAAAAGCUUUAAAUUGUCAACUUGACAACAGAGUCUGCACUCAAGUUCACCCUUAAAUGUUUCCACUGCCUCUUUGAUGUUUUGAAAGAAUGGAACUGUAAGUCGCAUUUUGUUGUAUAAGGGGUGAGAAUAAAAUCAAGCAGACAAGUGGUCAUACGAUACCAAAUAUAGUUCAACGUGAGGUGAUGAAAUCAGUAUUGUGACUAUUGAUGAGAGAUUGGCAUGUUCUGUUGUAAGAUAUAUUUGUGUCUUGGAGUAAGUUCCUUUUCAGUACAUAUCUUGCCUGUCUACUAACAGGCAUGUUCUAGAUUUUAUUGUUUUAAAAACAGCAAUAUAUUGACUUUUGACUUAAACAACUUCUAUUUCGACAUAGUCUUAAAAGAUUUUAGCCGGCUGUAUUAAUUUAUUGUUGUCAUUGCAUUUAUCGCUCUGUUUUACUAUCCAUGCAGUAGUACUUGGCCAUUUUAUUUUUUAUUACUUAAUGUAUACCUGGAACUGGAAGGAUUGACUGAAAACUACCCAAGGAAUGAGGAUUAUUAUAUUGGGUUCAAACCUUGAUAGUUUACUAGGAAUGAAUUCCAUAUCUUUUAGUUUGUUUUUUUCUAGUCAAUUUGUCAUAUUGAGGUGGUUUGAAAAAUUUUUCCGAAUAUCAUUUUUACUAAGUUAUCUUGUCUGAAAAGACAGUACCUGUGGUGUUUUCUUUUCAUUUUUCAUUGCAUUAAGUUCAUCAGGCUAUAUAAGCCCCUCAAUAUUUUAAACUGGCACAUAAAAGCAUAAUAUUUUUGUAGCAGCAGAACCACCCUAAUUAAAAUGAAAUCUUAUGAGGCAAUAUGUAAUCUAAGCCAUGUUAAAUUACUGCUUGUUUUUAUUUGUAUGACCUCUGGACCAACAACCACGUUGUCAGUGUUGUUGUAUGACAGCAUUGUAAUUAAUGGAAAGGUAACAACCUGCUCAUACAUUUCAGAUACGUAGGUUCAUAGAUAUUAGUUGUAUUGUUUCUGCUUUUUGUUUGAGAGAAAACUGGAGAACCACAUUAGGGGAGGCAAAAUGCUCUGUUUCACUGUUGCUGAGUAAACAAUUGCAAGUGUGUGUGUAAAUAAUUAAGUACAUAUUUACUGUGCUUCUAGCUCAACUCCCACAUUGCUAGUUUGAAGAAAACUUGAAUGCCUUUCAAGAUUGUUUGGCUACCACAAAGAGCGUAGUUCAGUCCUCAUAUUCUGUAAGACAUUAAUUAAUCAAUAUCUAUUAUUUUAAGUGUAUUUUAAGGAAGAUGCAUUGUCUGUGAUCUCAUUGUUUGUAUCAAGUGGAUGAAUGAUGAAGAUAAAAAAGGAAAGAGAAUUCUUAAAUUUUGUGAGAUCAUUCUGUAUGCUGUGCUUUUAUGACCAAAAGCUUGUAACCCAUAUCAACUUUGGUUAUGAAUAAAUACUGUAAAAUAUCA